UUUCUGGUUUCGUAUUGAAAUAAUUAUGCGCAAUUACGCCGGUACUUCUGAAGUUUGUUUCAAGAUCGUAUAGCAAUUUACUUUGUUCAAAGUUCGUAUUAUUUCAUUUUGUACGAUAAAAAAACUUCGUUUAAUUUUGUAUCAUAUAUUAAAAAAGUUCGUAUAAACUUCGUUUACAAUUUUUAUUUUAAACGAAGUAUCAGGUAUAAUUAUACGAAAAAAACAUACGAACAGUUGGAGACGAUCCCUAAACAUUCCACCUUGUUUAUGAUUUGUAAAUAUUCAACCCUUAUUUACAACUUGUAUUAAUAUGAAUAUCUUUUUAUAUACUUUUAGUGUCAUUAAUAAGAUAAAACAGAAAAGCAUUAAAGCAUGGCUGGUCACUUUUCAGAAUUUGGUAUGUUGCCAGAAGUUGUGAAGGGCAUCGAAGAUAUUGGUUGGUUGCUUCCAACAGAUAUUCAAGCAGAAGCCAUCCCUUUAAUACUUGGUGGUGGCGAUGUUUUAAUGGCUGCAGAAACUGGAAGUGGCAAAACAGGAGCAUUUUGUUUACCAGUUAUUCAAAUUGUUUAUGAGAAUCUUGUUACAUUUAAAGGUGGAAAGAAAAGCACGAAUGUCAAUACUAAAGGAAAAUGGGAAAUGAGUAAAUUUGAUAGAGACCCCUCUUUUGCAAUAUCUGAAGAUGGAUUGUUAUGUCAAGCACGAGAGCAGAAACAAUGGCAAGGUGCUCGUUCGAACUAUGGUGUUUCAAAAGGGAAUUAUUACUAUGAAGCAACUGUUACAGAUGAAGGGCUGUGUCGUAUUGGAUUUUCAACAGAUUCUGCAGUGUUAGAUGUUGGAAUUGAUGGUGAAAGUUAUGGGUUUGGUGGAACCGGCAAAAAAUCUCAUAAGAAGCAAUUUGAUACCUACGGAAAGCCAUUUGGUAAAGAUGAUGUCCUUGGCUGCUACUUAAACCUUGAAUUUGGAACUAUAAAAUAUAGCAAGAAUGGUCAGGACUUUGGUCGAGCAUUUGUAAUUGAUGAAAAUUUGUAUGAACGAGCUUUUUUUGCUUCAGUGACUUUAAAGAAUGCAGAAUUGAAAUUCAAUUUUGGUGAUACGCCAUUUGCGUAUCCUCCCUCAUCAGAUUAUGUUGGUUUAUCACAAGCAAAGGAUAAGGUGGUCUCAAAGAAAUUGUCCGGACCAACCAAAUUUACAAAUAUCUGUUCACCAGCUGCUUUAAUUAUGGAGCCCUCAAGAGAACUUGCAACACAGACACAUGACCAGAUAUCACUCUUCAAGAAAUAUAUGCCUGAUCCAAAGCUCAAGAAUGUGGUUUUAGUUGGAGGACAAAAUUCAAGAGAGCAACUUUACCAGCUGGAGAAAGGAGUAGAUAUAGUGACGGGCACACCUGGUAAAAUUGAUGAUUUUGUCAGCACCGGAAAGUUGAAGCUGGAUCAAGUUCGAUUCCUAGUGUUUGAUGAAGUGGAUGGCUUACUGGCACAAAAUCAGGGCAAGUUAAUUGAGACUUUGUAUCAACAAUGUCCUAAAAUGUCUUCAGAUGGAAAGAGAUUACAGUUGGUUGUAUGCAGUGCUACCUUACAUAACUUUGACGUCAAAAAGCUUGCUCAAAAAAUUAUGCAUUAUCCAACGUGGAUUGAUCUGAAAGGACAGGACUCAGUACCAGACACGGUACAUCAUGUGGUUUGUCAUGUAGAUCCAAAGGAAGACACAGCAUGGCAUUUCUUAAAACCAAAAAUUAGGACAGACGCUGUUCAUGCUAAAGACGAUACACACCCUUCAUCCGGUUCUGCAGAGUCGUUUUCUGAAGGCGUGAAAAUCUUAAAAGGAGAAUAUGUGAUUAAAGCUAUUCGGCACCAUAAGAUGGAUCAAGGCAUUAUAUUUUGCCGGACAAAAUUAGACUGUGAUAAUUUAGAACGGUACUUGAAUUCACGGAGCAAUGGCAACGAACUUUCAUGUGUCUGUUUACACGGUGAUCGAAACCCGAAAGAAAGAACGGGAAACUUAGAGGCAUUUAAAAACAAAUCAGCUAGGUUUUUGAUUUGCACAGAUGUGGCUGCUAGAGGUUUGGAUAUAAAAGGAGUUCCAUUUGUUAUUAACGUUACGCUUCCGGAUGAAAAGGCCAACUACGUGCAUCGAAUUGGCCGUGUUGGCCGAGCAGACAGGAUGGGUUUAGCGCUAUCACUCGUUUCUACAUGUAGAGAAAAGGUUUGGUAUCAUAAAUGUGAAAGUCGUGGACGGAAUUGCAACAACACAAGAUUACUAGAUAAGGGAGGCUGCACAAUUUGGUACGAUGAAAAACGGUAUUAUGCGGAGAUAGAAGAACACCUGGGUGAAACAAUUUCUCAAGUUAAACGGGACAUGGUCGUGCCUGUAAACGAGUUUGAUGGAAAAGUAGUGUACGGAGAGAAAAGAAAACAAAGGGGUAGCAAUUUUAGUUAUCACACAGCGGAAUUACAACCAGCAGUUAAAGAAUUAGCAGCGCUUGAAAAACAAGUACAGCUUUCCUACUUGCAGUUUGUUCAAGAUUGGCAUCUCGCUACAAGCUGAUACACAUCGUUUAAAGUGUCCGUCUUGCGUUCCGUAGAGUAGUAAAUUAUUAUUAUUAUUAUUAAAAUUAUAUUGUUUUCGAUUUAUUUCGUGUUUUUAAAUAAUUUAAGCCUUAAUCAUCGUUUUUGCUUCAUCUUGUGUUUUUUAUUGUUUUCAUGCUGCGCGGGUAUAAAAAGAUUUCCAGUUUUUUAAAUUACUGACCCGUGGGAAAGUGCACACAAAGUCACCCGCCGCUACUCAUAGCUACCAUUUUUUGACUCACUGAAAGUAAACUCCGGUAUUAUAAUAUAGUGUUUCUUUUAAUUGUGUUAGAUGAUAUAUUAGAGUGCCAAUUUUAUUAGGUUAGGUUGUCAAGUUUUAUCAAAUCUUUUUGUAGCACUUUUGUGUUCCUAAACGAAUAUUUUUUUUCAAACUUGCGAAUUUGUUUUUUCCACAAAUUAGCAAGCACAAAAAAAAAUCCCUUUUAGGUGCAAAUCUUGCUUUCCUUGCCUCUCAGGAUCUUAUGCAAAUGGUUGUUUCACUGCUUCUGUUCUUUUAAUUGUCAGCAGUUAUAUUUGCCGUAUUUCUUUAACGGCAAAUAUAAAUGCUGUGCAGAGAGUUCAUGAUACUUAACUUUACGAGUCUCCUCCUCAGAGAUCUUUGAGAUAAAGUAGCACUGUUAAGGUGUCUGAUGUGAAUAAUAAACUAUUACAUCUUUAAAAUUUGUAGUCUGUUACGGUACCUUUUUAAUACCAUCAACAUUUGAAUACAUACUGCUUACGCUCUAUUUCGCUAUAUUUCUACCUCACUUUCUGAAUAAAAAUAAAUUUUCAAAAAACGAUUUCAGCCUCAGUAAAUUUAUAAAUUUUCAGCGUAGCUAAUUUCCUAGAUUCUGACCCAAGUCUACGCCUUAGGCAACGUGUUACACCACAUAUACAAACGCAAACGCUGGACAUUUUCAGGUUAAUUUAGUCCAUAAAAUGUUUUGCUGGUAUCAUUUUUGAUGCCGACUUUUCUUUACUACUUGGGUACUGUAAAAUUAUAAUCAUUUUACGAUUUCUUUCGGUAAUCAUCCGGAAAAUCUUUUAGCUGUAUCAAUAUUUUUUCUAGAAUAAAAAUCUCGGCUUGGG